AUGUGGAUUUGGGGUAGUUUAGCCUUCCCUUUCACUAGCAACAGGGAGGAGGCUCUAUGGAAGGAAGAGAUUUGGAGGCUUGAAUUAUUAGUUGAUGAGAUUGAUCCUGCCAUACUUCAAUGGGUGACUGAAGGAAGGCAUGUAUGUCUGUACGGAGGAGACAACUUAGACUGGAUAAGAAGGUUCACUACAACAAUGAGACGCGUCGCUCAAGACGCAAGGGUCCCAUUGGAGAUGGUCUACGUGGGAAGGAGUAACCCAAAAGAGAAGGUCAAGAGAGCAAUGUCAGUCAUUGCAGCUGAGAAACUGAGUGGGUAUUGGACAGACGUGGCCAUGAUAUGGUUCUUUUGGGUCCGUUUGGAGAGCAUGUGGCACUCCAAGAUGCAACAUGGUCGCACAGUUGAGGAUGAUCCAAUAAUGCAAGAAGUGAUGCAGAUUCUGAGCUUCGACGGCAGUGAAGAAGGCUGGGCGGUCAUCAGCCGGGGCUCAGUCGAGGUCUUAAAGUCACAGGGAAAGAAGCUGCUGGAUUGUCUGAUGGAGUAUGAUACUUGGAAAGGCACUGUGGAGCUGGAGGGGUUCAUUCCGGCGCUGGGGAAAGCACUGCUGCCUUAUCAGACUCAUGAGCACUGCACCAGGCUUAUACUUCCCGGUGAGACUGGCAAGUUUGGAGAGAAGAUUGUGUGCGCUGAAUGUAAGAAACCCAUGGAGAAGUAUGUGCUUUAUCGCUGCUGCACUGACUGA